GUAACAAAACAUUAAAUUCAAUUUAAAAAAUAGACUAAAAACCUUUGGACAGAAAGGAAUAUCUUUUAGAAAGUUUUACCACAAAACAACGUGUUAACAACGAAAUUGUGAAAUCAGAACGAUGCACACCUCAAUGAAAUGUUGCUUUUGUGUACCUAUCAAAUUUGGUGUCGUCGCUUUUGGGAUUGGCAGUCUUAUAAUAUUCUCAGUGUUGGUAAUAACAUCAAGUAUUAUACUCGGGAUAGAAGAAGGGAAUGAAAUGACCAUAGCUUCAAUGAAGUUUAAAGUUUUUUCAAUAAAUGCAAUACUAGUAUCUGUUCUAAUUGUCUCAAUGAUUGCUGCAUUAUUUAGUAUUCUUCUAAUCAUCGGAAUAUUUAAGUAUUAUCCUGGUUUGGUGCUGACUUAUUUCGCCUUUGGUGUUUUAAUUACUAUGUUGAUGAUGCUCGCAUCUUUGUUAUUCUUGAUAAAUAACUAUUGGUACAUAUCGUUGACAUCUUUCCUUAUAACUGCUUUCUACUUUUACUGGUUGACUGUAGUGUACUCUGUGUACGGUCUCAUACAAAAAGGAGAUUUCAGUUUCGAUUUGGAAGACAAAAUGGACGACGCACUUCUGAUUGUAGAGUAGUUAUUUUUACUCUUUGUUUAAUGACAGUUUCAGAACAUCACCUUUAACCUAUUGUCAGUUUGUUAAAGUUUAUUAACUUUGCC